AAUAAUGGUACGUUUCACAUUGUCUCACGUAAGUCUUUAGCUGGACGUCGUCCCACGAACUACAUACUUAAUAACUAACGCAAUAUGUGGUCAAAACUCCUAGAAAAGCACGGUCUUGCUGGAAUCGGUGGAGAUAAAAGACACGAAAUUUCACCAUCCCGGGAAAGGUAUGAAAUUAGAGAAUUUCGAGGAAAUAAUAAGGAACGGAAUCUCCCCCCAACGCCACCACCCCGCCCCAAAAGAGAGACCCAAUUUCCGAUUCAAUAUCGAAAAGGAAAGGAAACGACGAUUCGGAAAAGUUUCUCGGUUUUCUUGCAACUCGUUUUAUUUCUCCAAUAUGCCAUCCUUCUUCCCAGCCUGACUGCUUCUUUCUUCCUAAAGCUUGGAUGGAGUGCAAAUAUUCCGGAAAUCGUGUCACAUUCGAAUACAACAAUAAUGUGUCAGUGUGACAUGAUGUACAGCGAUCCCUUCGUCCUUGACGCUACUUGGGAUUGGGAGGCCAUAAAACCCGUGGUUGACGGAAUUACAAAUUUUUUAGUGGCAUUUCUUGUCAUGAUUUUCCUGGUGACAAUUUUCUCCUUGGUGUAUAUUCGAUCACACAACAUUUACCCCAUAAUUCUCACUUUAGCGGUGUGGGUCCUGUGUGUAAUUUAUGUGCAGAAAAAUUGGUCGUCAGACUCGUGGGCAAAUUUGGAAUACUACUUGGGCGUUGAUUCUGUCACAUUGGCGACAAGGCCGCUAGUUAAAGUUUACUUUGAAUGAUUUUUAGCCUAAUGCUGAAUAUGUGCGUUUAGAAUUUGAGUGAAAAUAAAGUAAAUGCUGAUACACUUA